AUGGUAGAUUACUUUAGAGGAAACAAAAUAGUUGAUGAACAAGUUGAUGAAUUACUCAAUACAUAUCGAACACCAUUUUGGCUUGAUAAAUAUGGUUGGUUUGUUCGAUGUGAUUGGAAUCCAGGUAUUGGAAACUUUUAUCUUUAUACUUUGCCAUAUGCUUUUGGCUACUUUGAUAUAUCUGAUUCAACAAUUUGGAAAUCAACUUGUCUUGAUAAGAAGAAUCAAUACACAUACGAUGCUAUGCAUCAUUUAAACUAUGAUGUUAAACCUGAACAAUUUCCCCAACUCUCUGGUAUUCAGUUUUACAAACUAAAAAAACUGACAAUAACAUGUCCUAUCAGCGAUCAUUUCUGGUCAAUGUUUCCAACAUUCGAUCAUUUAACUUCAUGCGAGAUACUGUCAAAUCAUAAUAGUGAAGAAUGUCAAAAACAAAUUCAACUUUGA